GCCAGCCUGGGAGUGCAAUGGCGAUAUUGGACAAUAACAGCCGUCGCGUCCGGGGCAGCGCGUCUGUAUUAUGUGGCUCGGGCUGAGGAGGACACCUUCCAGCCGGGCCGCGAGACCACAGGUGACAUCGGCAAGGUGCGCGAGCGACUACCUGCGACCCGCCGCCUCUGCGCGCGAUGACAGCUUAGACUGGAAAAAAAACAACAACCCAAAAUAAAACGCUGGUGUGACGUGUGAAACAAGACACCAUGGCCACGCAGGAGCCGUCCCCCCCCUCCUCCAUGGAGAGCAACAAGCCCGGCUUCCCCAAGAAGAUCCUGGGCAACCAGCUGGAGGACAAACACCUGUGCAACUGCUGCCACAACAUCCUCAGGAGGCCGUUCCAGGCACAGUGCGGCCAUCGCUUCUGCUCGUACUGCUUCAACAGGACCGUGAGCAAUGGACCUCAGAAAUGCAGCGCCUGCAUCAAAGAGGAUCUCUUUGAGGAUCCUACAUCCAUUCUGAAACCAGGAUGUGCUUUUCCUGACAACGCCGUGCGCCGGGAAGUGGAAAACCUUUCGGCCGUUUGCAUCCAUGAACAUUGCUCGUGGAAGGGCAGCAUUAAAGACUACGAGCUGACCCACGAGGGGAAGUGUGAGUUCAUGAUCAUCCCGUGCCCUUCCUGCAAAGAGCGAAUCCGCUUCAACGAACAGGAGCGCCACAACGAGCGCGAGUGCCCGGAGAGAACGCUCAACUGCAAGUACUGCAAGGAGCCGUUCCACUUCAAAAACAUCAAGGCCCACGAUGAGAUCUGCCCCAAGUACCCGAUGAUCUGUGAAGGCUGCGCCAAGAAGAAAAUACCCAGAGAAAAGUAUGUGGACCAUAUUAAGUUCUGCAGCAAAUUCAGAACUCCGUGUCGAUUCCACGUCGUGGGAUGUGAUAUGUCUGUGGAGAAGGAAAAGAUCCACGACCACGAGCGCGCCUUCGCCUACGAGCACCUCAACCUGCUGCUGCACUACAUCAUGGGCAUGAAGGUGAGCAUGGAGGGCCUGCAGCCGCAGGGACUGGAACUCGCCGGCCACAAGCUGCUGGAGCUCCAACAGGCCCUGCGGGAGCUGGAGGCCAGAGUCUCCCAGCUCAGCACCACCUCCUCUGGGCCUCCCGUGCAGGGAGCCGCCGCCGCCUCCUCAUCCUCAUCCUCCAGCUCCGGCCCCGCCGGCCCGCCGGCCUCCGCCCCGCUCCCGCCGCCGCCCGCUCUGGCCCCCGCCCUGUCCGUGUCCACCUCCUUCACGCCUCUGCCCAGCUCGGUGGGCGCGGCGCUGGAGCUGCAGCUGCACAGCGAGAAGACCAAAGUGGCGGAGCUGGGUCGCAGGUGCACGGAGCUGGAGGUCAAAGCCGGCACCUUCGAGAACGUGGUGUGUGUGCUGAACAGAGAGGUGGAGAGGUUCGCCACCGCCAUGGAGGCCAGCAACCGGCAGCACAAACUGGACCAGGACAAGAUCGAGGCGCUGAGCAACAAGGUGCGACAGCUGGAGAGGACGGUGGGGCUGAAGGACCUGACGGUGGCGGAGAUGGAGGGCCGCCUGAGGGAGAUGUCCGCCACCACCUUCGACGGCGUCUUCGUCUGGCGGAUCUCGGAUUUCGCCAAAAAGAGGCAGGAUGCGAUCGCGGGUCGAGCCCCCGCCAUGUUUUCGCCAGCCUUCUACACCAGUAAGUACGGCUAUAAGAUGUGUCUGCGCAUCUACCUGAACGGAGACGGGACGGGGCGCGGCAGCCACUUGUCCCUGUUCUUUGUGGUGAUGAGGGGGCUCAGCGACGCGCUGCUCAAGUGGCCUUUCAACCAGAAGGUGACCCUGAUGCUGCUGGACCAGAGCAACCGGGAGCACAUCAUCGACGCCUUCCGGCCCGACGUCACCUCCUCCUCCUUCCAGCGGCCGGUGAGCGAGAUGAACAUCGCCAGCGGCUGCCCGCUCUUCUGCCCGCUCUCCAAGCUGGACGCCAAGAACUCGUACAUCCGCGACGACACCAUCUUCAUCAAGGCCAUCGUGGACCUCACGGGCCUCUAGACGACCGCCACGCCCCCCUCCCUCCCACCCACUUCACCCUCCUUCUUCUCCCCAAUAUCAAGCUUCAUUGGGCUCAAUCGUGGUCCUUUAAGGGCCCGCCGCAGUGUGGCCGCCGGCCGCUGCGUCCGGCCGCCGUCGCCGCCAUCGUCGUACCUCUGCGAGAACCGCCGCGCGUGGCCGUGCAUUCCGGGGUUGCGAAGAGCCCUUUUGCCUCUUCUCCUUUUCUUCCUAAAGGCGUCACAAAGUUCUGCUUCAGUUGCGCACAGUACGUUUCAUCCGUUACUUUUUCUUAAAAGGAUUAAAAAAGGAGCACCGGCGCAGCGAGGUGAGAGAGGUCAAAGUUGACGAAAAAGAGCGAGUCAGCAUCUCCUUUGAAUCCCCUACUUUUGAAGGGAUGAUUGCGAGAACCGGGUUGUAGAUUACAGAUGUUUGAUGUGAUCAUUCUGAUGACUUAUAGUAGAGUUAGAGCGUCCCUGCAGCCUUUGUUUUCCUUGCAGAUUGUGGAUAUUGUGAGCUUCUCAAUUCCAGUGUUGAGUGAAUUUGCAUAGACAAACGUGGAGUUAUGUUAUGAAUAAGAUUUCAGGCAUUUCUUUGCCCUUUUCAUUUGAUUUCUUUGGGCAUGCCGCUGGCGUUUUAAGUAUAAAAUGGCUCCUCAUUUCCGACCGAGCUUUACGAAAGCUUCCCCGUCUGCUGUUGAACCUGUUGAAGUGAAUUAGCCAUCCGUGAUGGUGGACAUUGCCUGCACGCCUUUGGAGCCAGGCUACUUUUUAACAUGUAACGUCAGUGUCGCGUAUUUGUUCCUGUCAGGGCUUUUUUUAAAACUGCUUCUGGUGGUUCUGAUUGGUGGUUUGGUACAUCUGUGGAAGAUACAGUGGAGUUACCAAGGAGUCAGGGCAGCUUGCCGGUCAAACGCGAGGCAUUAAAACUCUUGCAAAAAAACAUCACAUGGCUGGAGUUUGGUCCCACUUGGCGGGACGCGCUCUCCAGCUCGCAUCUCAACACAUAGUACUGUGCCCCCACCACAGACACGAGGUCCACACGGGAACGCCGCGGUCACGCUUUUCUGUUCCACACGAGUGUGUGUGUGUGUGUUUCUGCUGCUCUUCAGAUUGGAUCUAGAUGUGCGUGUGUGUGCGUUAGUUUGAGGUGAUGGUGACACUACGUCACAAUUGAUUGACGUAGUUUACUGCAGAUGGAAGUAAGGUUCAGCCCCCCCCCCCCCCCCCAGUUAACUCUUCAGCGUGUUCUCCCUGCACAUGCAUCCACAUCACAACGUGUAACUCUUCCGCGUGUCCACCAGAGAUUGCUGUGCUCACUUAGCAUGCAUGCUGAGGUCCUUUAAGGUUCCCCGCUGGCCUGUUUGGAGACCGUCUCGGCCUGUAUUGAAACCUCUCUGUGCAUGGGAGGCUUCAGUCCAUCGUUCACUAUGGAGUUUGGCCGGGUGACCCCACCCACCCCCCCUCCCCCGCUCCCCCCCACCCACGGGGCCACGUGUCAAAGCGUUUAUUUGGGAUUUGCUCGGACCAAAAUAACCAUAGAAUAGUUAUUAUGUUAUAUCUGGCGCUGCGUCUGUUCAACAGCAGCAGCCGCCUAUAUUCAUAGCAAUUUAUAAAUAUGUAUCUUUCAUAUCAUAAUGUUGAAAUAGUCUAUAUAUCGAUGUUAAUAUACGCGAGAUGUUAUAAUAAACAUAGUAUUACUGAAUACCUUAUUAAUUCUAUAUCUAUAUACCAGCCUUUUGUUUGUCAAGAUGGUUCGAACAGGCCAGGACCCCCCACCCCCCACCACCCCUUUGUGCAGUAAGGACUUUUUCUGCUUUUCUGAGUGCAAUAUUUAUAUUUAUAUGAUCACGCCGGCUAUGAUUUGACGACAGCGUGGCAGCUUUAAGAGUUUACAGAAGUCGCACUCGACUUGUUUGUUCACAUCACUCGUCGCGGCGCCGAAGAACUGCUUCCGAUUCCGAACUUUUCAAAGGAAAGAAAUUCCCUCGGCUUUGAGCAUAGUUUUUAUUCAUGAGGUAAAAGUGAGGUUUUAGAGAGACGUUUUUGAUGGUGAGGAACUCGCGCUAUAAGCGUGGUUUCUAUUCUUAGCGAAAAUCUACUUUUCAGUGAUGAUGGUUACAGCAUGUAAUAACUAGGGUGAUUUUUUAAAGUGGUCUUGUAUCGUGCCAAAAUCAAAUAUUACCUCUGUGUACUAACUAUACUGCGUUCAAAAGUCAUAUUCAUGUUCUAUGCUAAAAUAUGGUGCCAAAUAUAUUUAUAUUUAAAUAUGUGUUACGUUUUAAUAAGAUGCAUGGGUCACCGCCUCUCUGAAAAAACAAUUACCGCCCCAUGAGGUUUUUGAAUGUAAGCUUUCAUAGAUUUAUUUUAUUUUCUAAACGCAAAACAGCAGUUCUGUAAAUGUGACGCAGUCGACUUGAAACAACUUUAUUUGUGCACUUUGUAUCGGUUGUUUGUACAAACAGGGUAUUUCAUUAUGAUUUAUGUACCUUGAAAUCAAUGCCAUAUAUACAUAUAUAUAUUCUGGCGUUGAUAAUAUUGAUGUGUUAUGGUUUAAAGAGGACAUGCAGUAUGUAAUAAAGUUUGCUGGUUUCAGCUUGUUGAGUAA